UAUGUAUUCAUAUCCUUACCAUAUUGGUAUUGUGUAAUUCCCUAUAUAAAGGGCUCCUAUCAAUGAAUAAGACGAUGAUUCUCUUGCUAUCUCUUUGUCUCUACACUUUAUCCUUCAUCAUAUAUAAGGAUUAGGUUUUUAAUGUGUUUGGCGGUUUUGUUUUGUUUCUUUUUUGUGUUUUUUUUCCUUGAGAUAAAAAAGAAGAGGUCGAGUAGAGAGAAACCAAAACCCUAACGAAACGUACUGCAACACAAGGGAGGCAGAAGAAGAAGAAGAUGUCGUCGACGCUACUGGAUUUGGCGCUUGGCGCUCACAUGGAGGUGGAGCGGUUGGAGCGUCUGAUAAUGAAGGACUUACAAAACCAGCCGACGAGAAGAAAAGAACGCUUGGCUCAGAGCCACCGUAUCCGCCUCAUGAUCGACACCAUCUGCUCCAUCACACUAAGACUCAUUCUAAUCUAUGAAGAUAAAGAUAAUGCGAUGAAGGACGAGUACGCGGCUCUUGAAGGCCAAACUGACACCCACAUUGAGGCAAUGGUCAUUGAGAGAGCAGAAGAGAUCCGUGAGUACCAUAGGAGACAUCCAGCUGCACUAGUUGUUGGUGCUAAUGAGGAACAUAAGGUGGAGCCUCAAGUUGAGUUUAGCGGAGAAGAAGCUUAUGGACGAUACCUAGAUUUACAUGAACUCUACAAUCAGUAUAUCAAUUCUAAAUUUGGAGAGCCGAUCGAGUACCAUGCUUACCUUGAUGUUUUCUCACAACUACAUAAGACUCCUCGGAAGCUCAAGUCUACAAGGCAGUAUAGGGAAUAUGUUGAAACCCUAGUUCAGUAUCUGGUAUCUUUCUUCCACCGAACAGAACCGUUGCAGGAUCUUGAUAAGAUAUUCGCAAAGGUUGAAGCUGAAUUUGAAGAAGAAUGGGAAAUUGCGAUGAUUCACACUAGUGAACAUGUUCGAGAUCAGCAGACUGUUAUUGAUCUUGAGUAUUUCAGUACAGUAGAAGAACUGGUAGAAUUGGGUGCUGAAAAGCUAAAGGAGGCAUUGGCUUCAUUGGGACUGAAGAUAGGAGGAACCAUUCAGCAACGAGCAGAGAGGCUCUUACUUACUAAGGACACACCUCUGGUAAAGGUGGACAAGAAACAUUUUGCUAAAGGGUCACGUUGUAAUGGAGCUCCGCAUCAAGUUGGCAUGUUAAAAGAAAUAGCUUUCAUGGAAGCUAAGUUGAAAAAACUAAGUGAGUUACUGAGUGAGGUUAUUGCACGAACGAAAGACAACAUUGUUAAGAAACAGGUUUUGACAUAUGAAGAAAUCGCAGCAGAACGUGAGGAUGAAGAGACACAGGCUGAUGAUGAUACCGAAAGCGAUGACGAUGAGCAGCAGACAUAUAAUCCACUCAAACUGCCAAUGGGUGUGGAUGGGAAGCCAAUACCUUACUGGCUGUACAAGCUUCAUGGCCUAGGUCAGGAAUUCAAGUGUGAGAUAUGUGGGAAUCAGAGUUACCAGGGGCGUAGAGAAUUCGAGAGGCACUUUAAGGAAGGGCGCCAUCAGCAUGGAAUGCGUUGCCUUGGCAUACCAAACACCAAGAACUUCAAUGAGAUCACAUCAAUUGAGGAAGCACAAGAAUUGUGGAAGGGAAUACAAGCACGGCAAGGGGUGAAAAGGUGGCGCCCUGAACUUGAAGAAGAGUAUGAAGACAGAGAGGGUAACGUCUACAAUAAGAAGACAUAUACUGAUUUGAAACGACAGGGACUAAUUUAA